UUUCCGGCGGGAGCGCGGAUCGAGGGGCGACGCGGUCCUGCGGUGGCGCCGUCCCGUACCCGCCGGGAUGCCUCACUUGGAAAACAUGGUGCUUUGUCGCGAGCCUCAGGUGGCCACCCUGCAGGCCCUGUUUGGAGAGAGGCAUCAUUUCAGCUUUCCAUCAAUUUUUAUUUAUGGACAUACUGCCAGUGGAAAGACCUAUGUAACACAAACUUUGUUGAAAACUUUAGAGCUCCCACAUGUCUUUGUGAAUUGUGUUGAAUGCUUUACCUCGAGGCUACUUUUGGAACAAAUUUUAAACAAAUUGAAUCAUCUUUGUUCUUCAGAGGAUGGAUGUUCUACUCAAGUAACCUGUGAAACAUUUAACGAUUUUGUUCGCUUGUUUAAACAAGUAACCAAAGCUGAAAGUCUUAAGGAUCAGACUGUAUAUAUUGUUCUAGAUAAAGCAGAAUAUCUAAGAGAUAUGGAAGCAAACCUUUUGCCUGGGUUUCUUAGGUUACAAGAAUUGACUGACAGAAAUGUGACUGUUCUGUUUCUCAGUGAAAUUGUUUGGGAGAAGUUUCGUCCAAAUACUGGGUGCUUUGAGCCAUUUGUCUUGUAUUUCCCUGAUUAUAGCAUAGGGAACCUUCAAAAGAUUCUGUCACACGAUCAUCCUCCAGAGUAUUCAGCUGAUUUCUAUGCUGCCUACAUUAAUAUUCUUCUUGGAGUUUUCUACACUGUCUGCCGAGAUUUGAAAGAGCUCAGAUACCUGGCAGUGCUUAAUUUUCCUAAAUAUUGUGAACCCGUGGUUAAAGGAGAAGCAAAUGAACGUGAUACUCGCAAACUCUGGAGGAAUAUUGAACCUCAUUUGAAGAGAGCUAUGCAGACUGUUUAUCUCAGGGAAAUAUCAAGUUCACAGUGGGAAAAGCUACAGAAAGAUGACACAGAUCCAGCACAACUGAAAGGUCUCUCGGCAUAUACUCAUGUGGAACUUCCAUAUUACUCUAAGUUUAUUCUAAUUGCUGCAUACCUCGCUUCAUACAAUCCAGCAAGAACUGACAAGAGGUUCUUCCUUAAGCAUCAUGGGAAAAUUAAGAAAACGAACUUUCUAAAGAAACAUGAAAAGAUUUUAUUCAUUUAUUCAUGAGAGAGAGGGAGAGAGAGAGGCAGAGACACAGAAAGAGGGAGAAGCAGGCUCCAUGCAAGUUGCCCGACGUGGGACUUGAUCCUGGGACUCGAGGAUCAUACCCUGCGCCGAAGGCAGGCGCCGAACUGCUGAGCCACCCAGGGAUCCCCUGAUUAUUCUCUUUUGACAAGCCUUCAUUCUCUUUAAUAAGCUCUAUAGUGGAUUUAGUAGGUAUUUCUCAGACUUUUUCAUCUCCUCUAGGAGGGAAUCCAAUUUGCAUGUAUAGCAUACAAAACCUAUGGUAAAUAGGAAAAUAAAUAUCAUAUACCUUAUAUGCCACUAGAACACUUUAAUUUUAAAUUGGAUAUGUAUUUUCUAAUCGGAAAAAUGUAAAAAGUGAAAAAUUUUCCAUUUCAAGCAAAUGGAUUUGGUGAGGAAAUUUCCCCGCUAAACUCAGACCCUGUAUGAAGGGAGGAAAAAAAUCUUCACUGAGAAUUUCAACUAGAAGCUAGGGCUUAACACUGAUGUGGGGGGGCAGAAUUCAUAGUGUAGAGAGAGGGGGGAGAGAGAAUCUCAAGCACACUCUGUGCUGAGUGCGGAGCCCAGCGAGGGACUUGGUCUCAUGAUCCUGACUUGAGCUGAAACCAAAAGUCAGAUGCUCAGCUGACUAUGCCUGCCAGGUACUGUGAUGUUAACCACUGUUCUUAAACUCAUGCAACUGACAAAUGUUUGGUAACAAAUGAUGAGUAUCUAGAAUUUUUUUAAAGACUUCUUUAAACCAGUAAGAAGGUAAAAAUACAAUCAAUAAGUGGGUAAAUGAUACAGAAAGGAACCUGAAUGUCUAAAAAACCUGACAUGAUUAUCAGCCUCAUUCACUAGUGAGAGAAAUUAAUCUUUAUUUUUAUUUUUUUGAGAAAUGAAACUUUACACAACAGCUGUUAUUUUAUGUUCUUGGAUUGCAAAAGUAAAAAAAAAAAAAAAACAUCUGAUGAUUUAAAAUAUUAGUGAUAAUGUAGAAGAGUAAGAGCCUGCAUAUUCUGUAGGUUGGUAGUAAUGAAGUUAAUAUGUGAAUGUAUUUUGUAUUGGUCACGAUAGGCCAGACUAUGCUGUAGCAAACAAACCCCCAAACCCUCAGUGGCUUAACAUAACAAAGAUUUAUAUGUUGCUCAUGACACAAUGGAGUGUGGGUUCGGUGGCCUUUUAUAGUGAUGCCAAGUGAAACAUGGUGAUUUCCAAAGUGGCCUCCAAAGGGCAAGAAGAUUAAUGGAUUAAAAGGAGAUUAAAGGUUUGAAAGGCCAAGCUUAGAAGUAGGGUGACAUCACAUUCACCCACAGUCCUCUAUGGGCAGGAGAUACUAGUCUUUCCUGCGCCCUAGACGAAAGUGUUGCUUAACACACAGCAUUAUCUCUGCCUUCUGCUUUAAUUUCUCAGUCCCGCUUAGAGAAACUCACCCAUGUGCUGAAGGGAAAGUGUACAGGAUUGUCCGUCACAGGUUUAUUUUUGAUGAGUUAUAGUGAUGAAUUUUUAGGAGUAGAUAGUGAUUUGUCAUAAAAUGGAAUUCCAUAGGGUUUAAAAGUGGGACUUAGAAGUGCAUGUAUCAAUAUGGAUAAAUCUCAAAAACCUAUUGAAGGAUAAAAAGCAACAUGAUUGAGUGGUAUGUCCAAAAUAAUAUCAUUUAUAUGAGGUUAGAUCUUGCAAACAGUGCUAUUAUAUUGUCUAUGAAUACAUAUGUAGUAGCAAUAUAAAAACUGUCAUGAAAGUGGUAAAAACAUCAAAUUCCAGAUAGUGGUUCCCUCUAGGGAGAAAAUGGGAUGUGAGAGGAGUGUAACGAAGCUUCAAAUCUGUAAUGUGAUCUAAUGUUUUCUUUGCACAUAUUGCAUAAUGUUAGGAAUUGAUAAAAGUGGGUGCUGGGCCCACUGUUAUUUAUUAUAUCAGCCUCUGUACUUCUCUAAAUGUUUGAAGUAUUUAAUGAGAAAGGAUCUAAAAUUUAAGACCUGGAAAAUGAUUUCUAAACUAUUUUUUAGAUAUAAAUAGCUAAAGUAAAUACAUAUUUCAUUUUGUAAUUAUGUGUAUUUUUCUUUACAGUCAUUCUUAAAUAAUUUUUCUCAUGCAUGUAAUAUAGAUUCCCAUUUAUUUGCCAUCGCUAAUAGAGUACUUACAUUCUAACAGUACUACUAAAAUUAUAGAGUGGAUCUUGAGCACUUCAGUUUUCUGAUGACAAGGAAUUGUACCAUAUGGUUUUGUACACAAGUGUUUAAAUUUUACAUUGUUUCAGGCUGAUAUUCACAAACUAUCAAAUCUUUUAUUAGUUUUCUGAGCUGGUAUUUACUAUAACUGAUCUUUUUAGAACUAUUAAUGUUGAACAAAUGUAUUUUCCUGGUGAUGGUACAAAAAAGAAUGAAUAGAUGUAAGCAGUAAGUUCUCGUUGAGUUAGUACCUGGACCCUGGUUUUGGUUAUGCACCAUUUUGACAAAUGACUUGCCUUAUUAACUCACCAUCUGGUUGCAAAAACAAAAUAGGUGUGAUAUUCAGGAUUAGGAAUGGAUCACUGUGAGUUGUUCUCUUUAAUAUCUGUUUAUGCUAAGUCAGAAAAUCUUGAAGAAAAUGUUGAAAGAUAAGUCAUGAUCAUACCAGCGAAGGUUUUAACGUAGGGAAUGGAAGUUAGAAUUGGUAGGAUCUUUGAGGAACACUACAUAUAUUGUUACUGGGAAUUUGGUACAGAAAGCGAGUGCCCUGAUAUAAGAAGAAAACCAUGUUCUUU